AUGUUAGGUGUCGAGCUGCAUAGUCGAGGCGAGUACGCGAAGAGCCAAAUCGCAGGCGAUGAGGCCGCGUGGACUGCGCUAUCCCAAGGUCGUGACCAAUUCUAUUGUGAGAUUUUGGAGUACCUAGGUAAUGAGGUUAGUGCCGAGAGCUUCGCGCCAAGCAAAGAGAAUCCCGAGAAGAAGAUUCGGGUCUGA